AUGGAUAUAAUUGAACUGAUUGAAAAAAGGAAAUUCAAAUAUAUAGAAAAAAAUGUAAAAUUAAAAAAGCUGCAAAAUUUUUUUUUCUGUUUUUUAAGAUAUAACAAUUUGUAUAAAGGCAAACACAAAUACGUAAAUAAAAUAUGGAGACGUUUAAUAAAUGAGAAUAAUUAUUUUAAUAAGUACAAGGAAUUUUCAUUUGUUAAUUUUCAAUAUAUUUGUGAAUUUAUAUUAAAUGUAGUAUCAAAGGAAAUAAAUACUUGUCCAUAUGAAAAAAAACAAAAAAAAAAUAUUUAUAUAUAUAACGAAAUAGAUCAAAAUGAAAAUAAUACAAACAUUAAUAAGAUUGUGCACAUUUUUUUAAUACAAUUUUUCAGAGUUAUAGAAUAUCAUGAACAUGAUUUUUUAACAAACCAAAAAACUAAUGAAUCUCUUAUAAGUGAUGAUAAUAUAAAUUCAUAUGAAAAAAAGGAUAUUCCUUUUUUAAAAGAUACAUAUAUAUAUAAUAAUAGAUACAUUAGUAAAGAUUUUGAAAUGUUUUCAAAAAAUUUAAUAAUUUUCAAUCAUAAUAAUGAAUUUGAAAUAUUGUUUAAUAUUAUUCAUCCACUUAUAUAUAAUACUUACAUAUGUAAUUUGAUUAUAGAUAAAUUAAAUUUGUCUAAUAUAGAUAUUAAUAAAUCCUUUUUACAAUAUAUGCUUUAUUUUUUAUAUUAUAUUUAUGACAAACAUAAAAAUGUUCUCUUCUUCUAUUAUAUGAUUUAUAAAACUUUUAAGAAAAUCAAAAAAAAUAUAAUCAAUCAUCAACAUGUAUUAAUUGAAUGGAAAUUUAUAAAAUAUCUUAAAAACAAAAAUAUUAAUAUCAUAAAUAAUUUUAAAUGCUUAAGAAAAUUUUUCUUAAAUAUAAGUGAUAAAAAUACUAUUACAAAUUUGGUAAAUAUUGUUUUCUCAUUUUUACAUGAACAGUUAAUGCAAAUUAGUUCAAACAAUUUUGAGUGCAAUUAUUUAUCUUAUCAUCAGGAAAAUAAUUUAUUUGAAUUUUCAUUCUAUGUAUAUUUGUCUUUACAAGACUUAUUUCAUAAUUGCAAUUCGGUUUUUAAUUUGGAUAUUCAGCAAAUUAAAGAAUUAAUUCGAAAUGGAAAACAUGCGAACAAUGAAACAAAUAAAAAGGAUGAGGAACACAAAAAGGAUGAGGGUCAUAAAAAGGAUGAGGAACACAAAAAUGAUGAAGAACAUAAAAAGGAUGAAGAACAUAAAAUAAAUGAAGAACAUAAAAAAGAUGAAGAAGAUCAUCAAAAUGUAAAAAUCAAUCAAAGUGAAAAGACAGAUAUAAAUAUACAAAAUGUACAAAACGAAAUGUUUGAUAUUUAUAUGGUUUUAUAUUUUAUUAAUAAAAGUAAUUGUAAUAAUUAUGUGAAGCUAAAAUCCAUUUUAGCUGUUUUUAUAAAAUGGCUAGUUAUAUCACCUGACUUGUUCAUGCAAAAUGAAGAAAAAAAAAAAAAAAAAAAUGAACACAAUGAUGGUGAUGAAAAAGUAAAUGUAAAUGUAAAUGUAAAUGAUGAUGCAAUAAAUGGAUUAGAAAAGAGCGACAAUAAUAUGAAUGACAAUAUGAAUGGCAAUGUGAAUUACUAUAGGGGGUCCAGUUCUUAUUGUAACUCCUUUGUUGAAAUAAAAGAUGUGAUAAAAAAUAUUGUUAUAAAAUGUAAAGAAGGAGACAGAGAUAACAUCAAUAAUAAUAACUUGAAUGAUAAUAAGAUUAAAAAUAGUUGUGAAGAGGAUGAAGAAAAUGAGAAAAAAAAGAAAAGAAAUGAGAACAAGAAUAUAUUUAGAAUAAAUAUGAAUAAGAAUAUAAUGAAUUUUUUAGAAACUAAUGAGAAUUUAUUGGAUUCAUUUUAUUUAGAAAAAUUAAAUUUUUAUCAUAUAAAUUAUUUAACAAGAUUUAUAUAUAUAUGUUGUUAUAAUAUUAUAAAUAAUGAAAAAGAAUAUUUGAUAAAAUAUGAUUCGAUUCCAAAUAUAGAAAGAGAAUAUAAAUAUAAUUAUUGUGAAUAUAGUGAUGUUAAUUAUUAUAAAAAUUAUUUAUCAGAUAAUAUAUGUAAUAAUAUUAUUAAGAGUAAUUAUAUAACAGUUGUGUCUAUUUUAAUUCAUAUGAAUAUUGUUAAUAUUUAUGAUAUAUGGAGUGUUUCUUUAUUAAAAUUGAUUGAAAAUAAUUAUUUUUUCCACAUAUUAAAUUUUUUAAUAUAUAAAAAGAAAAAUGUUCUUUUUUAUUUAACCAUAUCAAGUUUUUUAAAAAUUAAUUAUGAAUUUGUUUUGUAUUCUUUUCCUAUAUUUACAGAGCAAAAUAAAAUUAAUGAGGAUAUAUUAUUUUCAUAUGUAAUAGAAGAUGGAAAUAUAAAUAAUGAUUUAUAUUUUUAUAUGUAUUAUUAUAAACAUAAACUAAAAGAUAUAUAUUUUAAUAAUAUAAAUGUAUUAAGAAAUAAUAUAUUAAAAGAAUAUAUAUUUAAUGAGAAUCGCAUGUUAGAUAUUUUAACUUUUUUUUCAAUGAAUAUAACAAAAUAUAUAAUAAGAUUACCUUUAAAUAUUUUAAAAUAUAUAUUCAAAGAAAUAUUUAAAUAUUUAUCUAAACCUAUUCAUGAUGUUAAGAAAAGUAUCACUGAUUAUUUUCAUAGCAUGUGUUUAAGAAUAAUAUAUUAUAUAUUUGAGCUUAUUUUUAAUAUAUCAAUAUAUAUAUAUUAUAAUUCUAAUGAAGAUAUGGACAUAAAUAUAUAUCAUAAGAAAUUUUAUAUUUAUGCUUUUUUUUUCAAUUUAAUAGAUGUUUAUAUAAAAUUUGUGGAGAAAUAUAAUAAUAAAAAUAAUACAUAUAUUCCUUCUUUUUUAAAUUAUCAAUUAAUACAGGCAUUUCUUUUAUUUUUUAAAUAUUCUUGGUUUUGUAAGUUGUUAGUAGGUGAAACGUGUGAUGUGUAUGAAAAUAAUCACGACACUUUAAAGGGGUCCUAUAAUAUGUUUGUAGAUGAAUCAUAUGACAUAAAUGAUAAAUAUAAACACAAAUAUAAACACAAAUAUAGAUACAAAUACAACAUGUUUGAAUAUAAGAAUAAACAUAUGGUUGAUAUCCCAUCCUAUAUUAAACAUCACAAUAUGAGAGAACAUCUUUUCAAUAGUAAUGAAAAAAUUAAUAAGAAUAAAUAUUUCAUAAAUGUUUGUAGUGAUAAUUACAUAAUGUGUAAUAAUAUAAAUUAUAAUGAAUCAUGUUUGUCUUCUAAAUUAUAUAAUAUAGAAAAUUUUAAUUAUUUUAAAAAUUAUUAUUCUCAAAAUAUUGAACCAUAUAUUAUUACAGAUACUAAUAAUGAAAACGAAAAGGAAGAUACAUUUAACAUUAUUGAUAAAAAGAAAAGAGAAAAUUUCAAUGAAUAUUAUUCGAAUUAUAUAAUUUAUAUCAUUUUAAAUUUUAUUGAAAAUAAUAAUAUCAAAAUUAUUUGUUAUUUUUAUACUUUAUUAAUGUAUUGUAUAGCAAAAUUACAUUUAUCUAAUAAUUAUAGAUUUAAAGAAAUUAAUUAUUUAUUUAUUUUACACAUGUUACCAUGGAAGACGUCUCUUCAUUUUAGUAUUAAGGAUAGUCACUUGAGUUGUUUUUUUUUUCAAAAAUUUUAUGAAUGCGUUCAGAAUUUAUUACCAGAAAUAAUGAUCGAACAUUUUCAUGACCGUUGUAAUAUUCCUUCCUUGUCAUUCCAAAUGGAUGCUUUAAUAAAAAGUUUUAAAAAUGAAAAUAUAAAUAAAAGCUUAAAAGAAAAAGUAAAACUAAAUAUCCCUGAGGUGUUUAAUAAAGAAGAGAAUGAUAAUAUAUAUAAGCAUAUACAUAUGGAUGAGCAUAAAUAUUAUAAUAGUGAUGGUGGGGAUUAUAUAUAUCAAAAUAAAUAUAAUACAUAUAAUACCAAAAAAAAUGUAGAAAGUAAUUGUUUUCAUGAAUUAGAUAAAAAAAAUAUUGAAAAAAUGAAUUUAUAUGAACAAAUAAUAUAUGGAAAACAUAUUAUAAAAAAAAUAUUUUUUUUGUUAGAUGAUUCUGAGUGUCAUAUGGAUAUAGUAACAUAUUUAAAUAAUAUUUUUGAUAGUAGUUUAUUAAAAUAUAGUUUAUUAAUAAAUACAUUUAUACAUUUAUAUUUUUUAAAUAAACCAAAGGAUGAAUGUUUUGUUGAAAAUAAUUUUAUUGAAAUGAUUCAGAAUAUAUAUGAUGAACAAGCAUGUUCUUAUUAUAUUUCCAUAUUUCAGAAUCCUCUUAACUUUUUUUUAAAAGGUACAAAGAAAUUUUGUGAAAUAUUAGUUCAUUAUGAUUGUCUAGAUAAUUUAAUAUCUUUUAUAUUUACAAAGUUAUAUAAUUAUUUGUCUUUAAUACCUCCGAAAAUAUCACCUGAUGAUUUUCUUCCUUUAAAUGUAGAAGAUAUAACUUCACUUCAGGAGACGGCUGUUGCUCAAUUUGUAAUGAACUUGAAAAGAGAAGAAAUAAAAAAAACAGAAAUAAAAAAAACAGAAAUAAAAAAAAAAGAAAUAAAAAAAAAUGAAAUAAAAAAUGAAAUAAAAAAGGAAAAAAAAAAAGAAAACAAAAAACAAAUGGAAGAGAAAUAUACCAUUGACAAUAAUACAAAUAAGGAAAAGUGUGUAGAUAAUAAAAAUAUUAAACCCGACGAUACUACAGAUCAGUUGACUAAAUCAACAGAUUUCAUUUUUGAGGACUUAAAUUUUUUCUUAAAAAAAAUGGAUAUAUUUGUAAAAACAUUUAAUAUAAAUUCGUUAAACAGUAUUUGUGAAUCAGGCUUUAAUUCCAAGAGUGCUUUUUUUUUAUGUUUUUAUAUGACUCCAUCUAUUUUUGCUAACAUUUUUUAUUAUUUAAAUAAUAACAUAACAGCUAUAGUUAAUGAAAGUUUUAACCUGGAGGAAAAUAUAAAAUAUUAUGAACAUGUUCAUGUAAAAAACACAGAAUAUACUUUAGAGCCAUAUAACAUUAUAGAUAAAACAGUUUUUUAUUUUCAAAUUGUUGUUUUUUAUUUAAUUAUUAAUACAAAUAAUGUUUUAAUGGAUAAUUCAAAUUAUUUAGAAAAUGUCUGUUCUUUCUUUUCAAAAUGUCUAAAAGUAAGUCUAAAGGAAUAUAUAGACAAAUUUAUUAUUACAAUAACACCUAUCAUGUUACAAUUUUUUUAUUUCUUUCCAUCUUUUAUUCCUUCAAUUAUAACAACUCUUUCUGAGAUAACAAAACAUGAUAAUGAAUUUUCAAAACACUUGACAAAGCUUGAAAAUAAACUUAAGAUAAUAUUGGAAUGUUCUUAUAAAUAUCUCAAUAAGGAGGAUUCAUCAUAA